AUGUACGGUCUUCUAUUACAAUCAGCUGUUGAAAUUAUUCAAGCUAAAUAUGGACAAGAAACUUGGGACCAAAUUAAAACAAUACUUCGUAUUGAUACAGAUUCAUUUUCGGCUUUUCAUCAAUAUGGCGAAACAUUAUUUAUACGAAUUGCGAACCUUUUAAGUGAACUUAAACAUGAACCGAUUAGCGAUAUUAUGGAUAUAUUCGGCUUUGAAUUUGUUUCCUAUGUGUCUAAUAAUGGUUAUGAUCAAAUAUUACGAAUUCUUGGGCAUAAUAUGAGAGAUUUUUUAAAUGGUUUGGAUAAUUUACAUGAAUAUAUGCGUUAUAGUUAUCCCCGAAUGCGUCCUCCAUCAUUUUAUGUUGAAAAAGAAAGUGCUGAAGGACUCACAUUGCAUUAUCGGAGUCGACGACGAGGUUUUGUUUAUUAUGUAAUUGGACAAAUAACUGAGAUUGGUCGUCGUUAUUAUGAUUCACAUGUCGAAAUAGAAAUAAUCAGCGAACGAGAAGAAUUGGAUGUAACACAUAUUGUAUUACAACUUAAAUUCGAAAAUACAGCAUAUAUUAAAGAAGCUAUAAAUAAUAAAGAUGCACAAGAACUACACUUAGCACUUGAUUCUGAGGUUUUUCUUGAAUUAUUUCCAUUUCAUAUGGUUAUAUCAGAAUCAUUAAAAAUCAUAUCAGCUGGAAGUUCAUUAUCACAUCUUUUCCCAAAUAUUACCGGUGAAUUAUUACGUGAUAUAUUUCAUCUUGUUCGACCUAUUAUUACAUUAAAUUGGUCUCAGAUUGUCUUACAUUCGAAUAAUGUAUUUGAAUUCACAACUAUUGAACCAUUACAUAAACACAUACAUAUUCAAACAAAAGACUAUGAUUCCGAUAUACUCUUAAAGAUGCCAUUACAUCAAGAUAUAAAUGAUACAUAUUUGAAAAUGCGCGGUCAAAUGCUAUAUUUACAUGAAUGGAAAGCCAUCGUGUAUUUAGCAACCCCAAUUCUAGAAAAUCUUGAUGUUAUGAUUAAUACGGGUUUAUUUAUAAAUGAUCUUUCAAUGCACGAUUCCAGUCGAGAUUUAGUCUUAGCUGGUACACAACAAAGUGCUGAACUUAAAUUAACACUUGAUCAAGAAAAACAAAAAAGUAACGCAUUAGAAGAAAGUAUGAAAAAAUUGGACUCAGAAAUGAGAAGAACCGAUCUACUUUUAUAUCAAAUGAUACCGAAAAAAAUUGCCGAUCGAUUACGUAAUGGUGAAAAAACAGUGAAUCUUUGUGAAACUUUUGAAAGUUGUACAAUAUUAUUCAGUGAUGUUGUUGGUUUCACAUCAAUAUGCGCUCUACUUACACCAAUGGAAGUUGUUUCUAUACUCAAUGAAAUGUAUACUAAAUUUGAUAAAUGUUUGGAAAGUCAUAAUUGUUACAAAGUUGAAACGAUUGGUGAUGCAUAUAUGCUAGUAAGUGGCUUACCCGAACGUGCAAGAAAUCAUGCUGCAGAAAUUAUUGAUAUGGCAUUCGAUAUGCUUGAUGCAAUUAUUACUGUGUCGAAUCCGACAAAUAAUGAAAAACUUAAAAUACGUAUUGGUUGUCAUAGUGGUCCAGUUGUCGCUGGUAUAGCUGGUAUUAAAAUGCCUCGUUAUUGUUUGUUUGGUGAUACAGUAACGCAAGCAAAUAGAAUAGAACAAACUAGUAAAGCAUUGCAUAUUCAUAUAAGUGAUUCAACGUAUAGAUUACUCGAUCGGAAAGCAUAUGAAUUCGAAGAACGCGCGAGAGUUACAAUAAACGGUUCUUUACCGUCGAAUACAUUUUUUGUAUUGAAAAAAAAAGAUCGAUCGGGAAAUAUUCAAAUACGUCCAUUUCAUCAAGCCUACGAAGAAAUGAAACGACAAGAGAUCAACGAAGCUAAACAAGCACAAUCUAUGUUGAUCAAAAAUAUCAAUAAACAUGAUCCUACAUCUUAUACGUUAAAACCAAAUGGUGUCAAUCUAUCAUCAGUUUCAACUAAUGCUCUAUCGAUAUCAGCAGGAUCUGCUGAAAUAAUAGUAUCUACUAAAGCUAAUAGUGACUCAAGUAUGAAUGAAAAUAGGCGCCUCAAUAAUGUAGAUGGUAAUAGUCAGUCAUUGAAAAUAUUUGAAACUGUUAAUGGAGGACACGAACCAAAACUACCGAUUCAAGACCGAUUACGAAAAGCCAUCGAAAAAAGACAUACAGAUUUUAAAUCAACCACAAUGAUCAAUAAUUCUCAUCCUGUACAAAACGAACGUAUCGAACGUCAUCAUUUGGUUUUACUCGGACUUAUAUUUCUUAUCUCACUAGCAAGUCUAUUGGUGAUCUAUAUUUUAUUUCCAAAUAUUGAUCCUAAAGAAAAACAUGCUUUUAAAAUACCGAAAACAAUUGAUGAUGCAAAAAUUCUUGGCAAUGUUCUAUAUAAAUACAGUAAACAUCAUCGAUAUAUAAUAAUGACUGCUUUCUUUAUGUCGUAUAUUUUUUUGCAAACGUUUGCUAUUCCAGGUUCAAUAUUUUUGAGCAUUCUCGCUGGAUUUCUUUAUCCGUUUCCACUAGCAUUAUUUCUCGUUUGCCUAUGUUCAUCAUUAGGUGCUACGUUUUGUUAUUUACUUUCGAAAUUAUUUGGUAGACAUAUACUAUUAAAAUAUUUCCGAAAGAAAAUUGUCGAUUGGCAACUAAAAGUUCAAAAACGUGCAGAUAGUCUUCUAUGGUUUAUUAUUUUUCUUCGUAUAACGCCUAUUUUACCCAAUUGGUUCAUAAAUGUUUGUUCGCCUAUACUUGAUGUGCCAUUAAAACCUUUUUUUUUCGGUACAUUUGGUGGUGUUGCACUACCCUCCGUAUUGUUUAUUCAAGCGGGUAAAACACUUCAUCAAUUGUCAUCUCCAUCGGAUGUAUUUUCAUGGAGUUCAAUAUUAAUGCUCGCUGUGUGUGCAAGUUUAUCAUUGCUUCCAAUUUAUUUUAAGAAUAACAUUGAAAAGUUUUUUAAAAAACAACGUUGA